AACCCAGCUGAAAAUUAAAGGUGGGCAGAUUAUUCGACGACACACAGGUUAAUACGCUAUUUUUGUAUUUUUACGAAUGGUAUGUGAGAAUGUUAUAAAAUAAAUACCUUUAUUAUUGCCUCGUAUCUAUCUAUUCACGUAGUUUGUGUCAGGUGCACAUCAGGUGAUCUCGCGUACAUGUACGGAUAUAUUACAGUGUGAUAAAAUUUGCGCGCUUUCCGUAAUCAACGUUGGUAAAUGCUUCUUGGUCAAAUCUUUUACACCUGUCAUUAUAAUUUCUAAGAAAUGGACAAAAACGCAAUUCAUCCGGCUUUCUCACUACCGUCCUUCUACGCCGGAAGAAACGUUUUUAUUACAGGCGCUACAGGAUUCUUGGGAAAAGUAUUGGUAGAAAAGCUGUUGAGAUCGUGCCCCGAUGUAGGAGAGAUCUUUUUGUUAAUACGCCCGAAAAAAGGUGUAAACAUAGACGAGAGGCUCCGACAAAUGCUGACAAACCCGUUAUUUGAUACACUGCGACACGCGCAACCCAAUUGUUUCGACAAAUUGAUUCCUGUGGAAGGUGACAUUAGUCUUGAGAAUUUAGGUUUGUCAGCUGCCGACACGGACACCUUAAUUGAAAAAACAUCUAUAAUAUUCCAUGUAGCGGCCAACGUGAAAUUCGACAAUACACUGAAAAAUGUUGUCUUCAGGAAUGUACGAUCCACGAGAGAUAUUUGUAUUCUGGGCGGAAGAAUGAAAAAUCUAACGGUUUUAUUGUACGUCAGCACGGCUUACAGUCAUGUCGACAAAUUAGUCAUUGAUGAAAUUGCGUAUCCAACAGAAGUCGAUUGGAGGAAAACAAUUCAAACUGUAGAGGCUUUGGACGAGGAGAUAUUGGAGGUGUUUAAAGCAAAAUAUAUAGACAAGAUGCCAAACCACUACGUAUUUACUAAAAGGCUCGCAGAGCAAAUAAUAAUUGAUUACUCUGGAUCGUUGCCGUGCGUAAUUUGCAGACCCUCCAUAGUUACACCAACGUUAAACGACCCUGUGAAAGGAUGGUUGGACAAUUUCAAUGGUCCGAUAUUAAUGCUUAUCGGCACAGCAAAAGGAAUAUUGAGGCUGAUACAAGCAGAAAUCACCACGAAGAAUAACUAUGUGCCAGUCGAUAUCGUCGUCAAGGCUUUAAUCGCCGCGGCGUGGAAGCGCGGAUCGAAAAUGACCAACACGCAGGACAACCUUCCAGUAGUGUACAACUGCGUAGCUAAUCACUUUAAAUGUCCAACACUCACAAUGAUGCAAGAUAUUGGUAUCACCAUUUCGAAAAAGAUUCCCAUGGACGGAGUAAUCUGGCUUCCCAAUGCGAUAGUAACAACGAAUCGUUUAUUUUCUUAUUUGCUGGUGAUAUUGCUACAUGUAAUACCAGCAGUGUUUAUCGAUGGAUUGCUAUUUCUAUCAGGCCGACGACCGAGAUUGUUGAAUCUGCAGAGAAAAAGUUUUGUAACUAAUCAAACCAUGUUGUACUUUUUACAAAAUGAAUGGGAGAUACGAAAUACAAAAAUGUUAAGUCUGUCAGACGAGGUGCCAACUAACGAUCAGCAAACGUUUGGAUACGCAACAGACUUGAUUUAUAAUUACGACAUGCUAACGUACAUGGAAAACGGCAUGAUUGGAAGUAAGAUAUAUCUUUUGAAAGAAAGUAUGGAUCAACUGGAGGCAGCGAAGUCGCAUUACAACAGAAUGAUUUGGAUCGACAGAAUUGCGAGAACCCUGAUCGGCAUCUUCUUUAUGUGGGUAAUUUACGGAAUUAUUGUGUAA